AUGGGUUGUGAGAAUGGUACAUCAGUUACAGAAUUUAUAUUACUUGGAAUACCUCUUUCUUCACAAUUUCAGAUCAUUCUCUUUGUGAUUCUUUCUGUGGUCUAUGCAAUAACUAUACUGGGCAAUGCAACAAUUAUUGUUGUCAGUUUGGGUGAUGCUCAGCUUCAUACACCUAUGUACUUCUUUCUCAGCAACCUCGCCUUCCUUGAUAUCAGCUUUACAUCUGCAAUUGUUCCAAAAGUACUUGUUUAUUUAAUCAGCGGCAACAAAACCAUCUCAUUCAAUGGAUGCCUUGCUCAGUCUUAUAUUUACUUCCUCUUGGGUACAACAGAAUUUUUACUGCUGGCGGUCAUGUCCUUUGACAGGUUUAUGGCCAUCUGUUACCCCUUGAGAUAUGGGACCAUCAUGAGUCCUAAGCUUUGCUUGCAGUUGAUUAUUUUCUCCUGGUUUGGUGGGUUUAUGGACACAAUUGUUCAAACUGUCCUAACAUUCCGCUUGUCAUUUUGUGGUUCCAACAUUAUCAACCACUACUUUUGUGAUGUGGCCCCUUUACUGAAGCUGGCAGAUGGCAACACAUAUCUUAUUGGCAUGCUAGACUUUAUCCUUGCCUCCUCCUUGGUUUUAGGAUCAUUGUUCUUCUCACUUGUCUCAUAUGGCUGCAUUAUUUCAGCUAUUCAAAAGAUAUCAUCAACUGCUGGACGAAAAAAAGCCUUCUCCACUUGCGCUUCUCACCUUACUGUAGUCUUUAUAGUGUAUGGUAGCUGUAUCUUUAUGUGCGUCCGCCCCUCCAAGAACUCAAAAAUAGAUUCAACCAAAAUUGUUGCUUUGCUAAACAGCAUCUUAACCCCACUUCUAAACCCUUUUAUUUAUAGCUUGAGAAAUAAAGUCUUUAAAGAUGCACUUAAACGUAUGACGACUAGAAGACACAUUACUGAGAAUCAGAAAGCAUAG